AUGGCCAGGCAGUUUUCAUUCAGGAAUCCGGUAACAGGAAAGCCCUUGGCCCCGAAACCACCAAAGCCACAGAAACUAUGCGGCUGGGAAGUGGACGAUAUCACUAGCCAUUCACCAGGAAUAGAGACUUGGAGUAACCUACAGGUUCAGAUCCACGAACGACAGGGGAAACUCAAACAUGUACCAGAGCAUGCAGCUUACAAACAUUUGCCAAAACGAAGAUGUACUGGGUUCGAGGACACCGAUUUAUUCGAGAAAGAGAGCUUGCACGAACAUUUCUUCAAAAAGAUUAUUAGCGAAGAAAAACCGCCGAUUGAUUCUAGUCCUAGCACAAAUGCAACACUGCCAGAUGGAACAAUUCGCAAAAAGAGCGCACGUGCCCCACGGAUACGAACGGCAGGUUCUAUUAGAUCCAACGAGGCGGAUAGACCCAAAACGCGGGACGAUCUCGAGGUGCCUUACAAAGAAAGCGGUUACGCUGUUCAAACUCUUCCAAGGACUGAAGUGCCGUUCGGCUUUACGAGAUCGGUAACUGACAUUGGAGAGGAAAGAUCGCCCACAAUGCGAAGGAUGCUCUAUUACUCCCGAAAGUAUGCUUCAAAAGACGACGCCAUAUAUGAUGAAGAUGAAGACGAAGGCUACGAUUCAAAGACGCCAAGCGAGGAAAAAGAAAUAAAAUUAUUCGAUACGCCUUUAAUCAUAAAUCAGUGUGGGACGUCCAAUGGUCGGUAUCAACAGGAUUUUACGCGUGAGUGCAGGAACGGUCAGCGCGUGGCUAAGUUCUCAUAUACUCACCUAACGCCUCGACAUGUGAUUGCCGAGCACUUCGACGAUGACCCGCGUAAUGGUGCUGAUCAGAAAACUUAUGGUGAUACGUAUAGGCAAUCUAAACAGUGUAUAGACGAAUCGAAGGAAAAUAGCAGAAUUCGCAAAAAGUUAGAACGUUCACAUACCAUUAUAGGAAAUAAGACCGACAGUUCGGCAGUAUCCGAGGACCGACCAUCGGCUAUAGUAUUACGUAAGAUCAGUAUACAGAAUUCAGAAGGAGAAGGAACACACGAAACUGUGUUUGAUCUUCAGAAACAAUUACAUAGAUCGUAUACAACUUUACACGAACAUAGCACAGAUAGGGAACAUUAUCCCGUCAAUAUUUCUAGUCCGGAACUCAAGUGUCCACAGCACCGACCGCAAUCCCGACCUUCGCAAAAGAUUACGAUUGACUCUAAUAAGCUUGCUCCAGGAGAUGUUUUACGGAAAACUCACGCCGGUAUAUUUGAUUUACAACGAUCUCAUACGACAGUGUGUAUGCCAAUUGGAGAACUACUUCCAAUGGCGGAUCAUUUCCAUAUUAAGUCUGCGUCAUCCACGACGCAUGCAGAACCGUCUCCUUCCGUGGCGAAUGCAGCUUGUGAACAGGAAGACACUCCUAGACUGGUCAACAUGGACGACGCCUCUCUCGAUUAUUAUUCUAUAAAUAAAAGCAAUACUCUGUGUUCCGGUCCCUUCCGUCAAUCGAAGUCAUCUCAAGACACUAGCAACCGUAAAACUAUGCCACAUGUGGAUCUUUACCCUCAUUCAGCAUCCAACAUUAUUCCGUCCACGCACGAGGCGCGCACGCGACUCACUCAGUCGAAACCAAAGGAGGGCCUCCCUUCUGGGUCAUUCUUGCCCAAGAUGCCUACGCUUGCAGUACGCAGGAAGAGGAAAACGGAAAAGAAACCGGAAAUUAAGCUUACUACAAACCCUGAUCGAGAUACGAAAAAGAAACUCCGAGACGCCUUCUCGAGGUUUUAUCACAAACGCUCUUAUGCUCCUAACCGGAAUGCAAAUUGGUCAGAUGAACUCCGAUUUGUGUGGAACACGUGA